AUGUCCAAAAUCACAGUCGCCGGAGUGCGGACCAACGUCCAGCAACUACUCGAUUACUCCCAGAACACCAAGAAGCGCAACUUCCUCGAGACCGUCGAGCUCCAAAUCGGCCUCAAGAACUAUGAUCCCCAACGUGACAAGCGUUUCUCCGGCACCAUCAAGCUCCCGACUGUCCCUCGCCCGGGCAUGGCCAUCUGCGUCCUAGCACCACGCAUCGACGCCAUGUCCUCCGACGAUCUGAAGAAGCUCAACAAGAACAAGAAGCUGAUCAAGAAGCUCGCCAACAAGUACGAUGCGUUCGUCGCCUCUGAGGCUCUUAUCAAGCAGAUCCCUCGUCUCUUGGGUCCUGGUCUGUCCAAGGCUGGCAAGUUCCCGACUCCGAUCUCGCAUGCUGAGGAUCUGGCGGGCAAGGUUACUGAGGUUAAGAGCACGAUCAAGUUCCAGUUGAAGAAGGUAUUGUGCUUGGGUGUCGCGAUCGGCAAUGUCGAUAUGUCUGAGGAUGAGCUCAUCUCCAACAUCAUGUUGGCCAUCAACUACCUUGUCUCAUUGUUGAAGAAGGGCUGGCAGAAUGUCGGUAGCUUGGUCAUCAAGGCUACCAUGAGUCCUCCCAAGAGAUUGUACUAA